AAGGGCAGCCAAUUCGAAACGAUGCUGGAGUUCAGGACCGCGGGCUUCAACCCAUACAGCGUCAAAUACUCGCCCUUUUUCGACAGCCGUCUGGCCGUGAGUGCCGGAGCCAACUUCGGACUGGUUGGGAACGGACGCCUCUUCAUCUUGAACCUCACGCAGAAUGGAAUUGUGUGCGAGAAGUUCUUCGAGACUCAGGACUGCCUUUUCGACGUAGCUUGGUCAGAGCAGCACGAGAAUCAGCUCCUCACCGCAGGUGGAGAUGGAAGCAUCAAGCUGUUCGACAUUGGAGUGGGCGAGUUCCCGGUGGCAGGGUGGCAAGAGCAUGGAAGAGAGGUCUUCUCCGUACACUGGAACCUGAUCGAGAAGUCGACAUUCCUGUCAUCAAGUUGGGACGGCACGGUCAAGAUCUGGACACCGGAAAGGAAGGACAGCUUGGUGACUCUACCGGUUCAUUCGUGCGUGUAUUCGGCGCAGUACAGUCCGCAUCACCCGCAGAUUGUCACAUGUGUCUCAAGAGACUCUCAUCUGCGGGUGUAUGAUCUGAGAAGCAAGCCGAGCGCACAGAAUCACCUGACGUUGGCCAUCCCGAUCCAUGCUCCUCCCAAGGUUCCGUCUCCAGGCUAUGUGAACCGCAGUCCUGGUCCGACAGAAUGCCUCACCCACGAUUGGAACAAGUAUCGAGACUCGAUCCUCGCAACGGCUGGUGUUGACGGAGUGAUCCGGACGUUCGAUCUGCGGCAGCCUUCUGGACCAGUGAACUUCCUCACUGGACAUGAAUACGCAGUACGCAAAAUCAGCUGGAGUCCUCACCUCAGCGACGUCCUUCUCAGUGCCAGCUACGAUAUGAGCUGUCGCGUCUGGACAGAUGGCAGCAAUGUAGAUCAGGGUGGCGGCGGAGCUGGCAUGGGUAGAGAAAUUGGACGCAUGGAUAACCACACUGAAUUCGCCAUGGGCGUAGACUGGUGUCUUUUUGGAGCAGAAGGAUGGUGCUCAACAUGCGCUUGGGAUGAGAGGGUACUCGUCUGGGAUGUGCGAGAACAGAUGAGGCCAUGAGCUUGAUGUCAAUACGGGCUACGGGACGACGAGCACAACUACCCACGAUGCG